AUGUCGCGGUUCGCUGCCUGGGCGAAGAAGCAGCAAGAGGACCAAGCCGAAGGUCUGGUCCUGGCUGGGAUUCCCAUCGAGAGCCUGCCAAAACGGCAGCUGGAGCCCUUCCUCGUGGACAACAGCCUCCUCGCCUCGCACAGCGCCGGGCUGCGAUAUCGCAGCGCUCGAGAUCUCGUGGACAAGAACCAGGCUCUGAAGUCGGCCCGGUGGGGAAGCGUUGUUUGGGGUGUGCUGGACGAGGAUGGCCAGUGGCUAAAGCUGAAGGCCGGGAGAUAUCUUCCAGUUUACAUCGGUGGAAUCCAAGUCCUCAAGGUGCUGCCUUCGGCACCACCUCGCGAGGAUUCCGACGACGAGGACAGGCAGAUCGCAGAGAACGAGACGCGGCUGGGCACUCUCAAGGUGCCUAGCAUGUUCCGGCCCGUCACAGAGGACGCUUCCGUCGAAGCGCUGGGCCAUGGCGCAUUGUAUCACGUGGUCGCCGAGCGUGUGGCAGUGCGCGAGGGCCCGUCGUUGGGUGCUGCGGCAGUAAGCUCUCUGCGGCGAGGUGCCGAUGUCGAGGUGUUUGGCUGGGAUGACUCUCGACUUUGGCGCCGGUGUCGCGAGCAGAGGACUGGUCUGCUGGGCUGGCUCCUUUUGGACCACCCAGACAUCGGUGCCCUCAUUCGGCCGAAGGGGUGCCCGAUCUGCUCGCGACCCCUGGAGCCGCUCUGUGCAGCCGCCGGCGAGGGUCGCGUGGAGGACCUGAGGCGCUUCCUUUCGGCCGAACCCUACGGAGUGGCAGUGGCGGCUCGUGACAUUCAGGGACGCGGGCCCUUGGAAGUAGCUGCAGCUGCUGGCCACUUAGACUGCAUUGUCUGGAUCGUCGAGGCUGGAGCGGAUGCCGCUGAAGCAUUGGACAAGUGCCGGGACAGGGGCGAGUCUUUGGCACAGGCAGCCGUGCUCCUCGCAGCUUUGGCAGGGCGGUCCCCGGAUCAAGCAGCGUUGAGGGCCGUGCUGGCGGGCCUCGCGCCCCAGGAGCGCCACGCAGCGGAGGCCAUGGCGACAGCAAGGCGGCGAGGUGUUAUGGCAAAGGAUGACCUUCUGGAGGCCAUGGAGGAGGCAGCCACGGAUGUGCCGGAUUCCCCGCAGCUGCGACCGGAGCUGCCAGGCGCACUCGGCGCUGUGGCUGCAGCCGCAGAGGAGCGCCUCCAGGCCACGGAAGCAACGGAAGCGACGGAAGCGCCCAAGGUGCCGAAGCUGGGCGUCCUCUAUGAAGUUGUGUACGAUGCUAUCUGGAUACGACGGGAGCCCAAUGCGAAAGGCGACAAGCUGACAAAGCGCGUCAAGAACGACCGCUUGCGCGUGCUGGGCUUGGAUGAGACGCAGAAUUGGGGCAAAGUCCAUGUUAACGUGCGUGAGGGCGAGCUCGAGGGAUGGGUCAUGCUUCAUCACGAGGAGCUGGGAGAAUUGAUCAGGACCUGUGUGGAUGAUGACGAUGAGGGGGGUCUCCUCAAGCCCGCGAGUUUGUAG